AUGUCGAAUCCCAGACAACUCCAUCUUACCGCAUUCAUGCGGCCAGUCAGUCUUCACACUGGAGCCUGGCGAUACCCUGGAUCAUACGCCGAUGCCAACUUCAACUUGACCCAUCUCAAGUCCUUUAUCCGAAAGCUCGAGGCUGCCAAAUUCGAUGCCUUCUUCAUGGCCGACCACCUAGCGGUCCUCAACAUGCCCAUCGAAGCCCUCAGACGCAGUCAGACUGUCACAUCAUUUGAGCCCUUUACACUACUCUCAGCUCUGUCCCAGGUCACAGAGAAGAUUGGCCUAGCCGCUACUGCUUCUACAACAUAUGAUGAGCCCUACCACAUUGCCCGGCGCUUUGCCUCGUUGGACCAUCUCAGCGGUGGUCGUGCAGCUUGGAACAUUGUGACGACGGCCAAUCCGGAUAGCGCAAAGAACUUUGGCAGAGACGAGCACAUGGAUCACUCAGAUCGGUAUAAGCGUGCCAGAGAGUUUUACGAUGUCGUGACGGGACUGUGGGAUAGCUUUGCGGAUGACGCCUUUAUCCGGAACCAGGAGACGGGCAUCUUCCUGGACCCCGAGAAGAUGCACACGCUCAACCACGAGGGAGACGAGCUCAAGGUCAAGGGACCCUUGAACAUUGCCCGACCCGUCCAGGGCUGGCCCGUCAUUGUGCAGGCCGGACAAUCAGAUCCAGGACGACAGCUGGCUGGAGAAACAGCCGAAGUAGUCUUUUGUUCGCCAGGAAACAUUGACAGCGCCAAGGCACUAUAUGCAGACAUCAAGGGACGAGCCGUCGCCGCGGGCAGAAAGAAGGAGCACAUCAACAUACUCCCUGCAGCUUUGGUCAUUGUUGGCGACACCAUUCAAGAGGCCAAGGAGAAGCGACUCAAGCUCGACAGCCUCGUCAACUACGAGAGCUCUAUCGCAAGCUUGUCAAUCGCUCUCGGCGCAGACGCCUCGAAGUUUGACCCAGACGGCCCUCUACCCACCGAUUUACCAGAGACCAACGCUAGCAAGACAAGCCGAGAGGGCGUCUUGAGGCUCGCAAGGGAAGAAGGGCUGACUGUGAGGCAACUUGCGCAGCGUUUCGGAGGAUACGCCGGCUUUGGCUUUGUAGGAACGGUUGAGAGCAUUGCAGACGAGUGGGAGAAGUGGCUCAAGGAAGAGGCUUCCGAUGGUUUCACUGUUUGCUUCCCCUUUUUGCCGCAGGGACUCGACGAUGUUGUGGAGAAGCUGGUGCCGGAGCUGCAGCGUCGCGGUAUCUUUAGGACAGACUAUACGGGGAGCACUCUGCGUGAACACUUUGGCCUGCCGAGGCCGGAGAAUCGCUUCUUUCCAAAGGCUUAG